CGCGCUCCCAACAGGCAGGGCUGGGAUUUUUGGGUUAAAUAUUCAAAAUGGCGGACGGAGGAGCAGCGAGUCAAGAUGAGAGUUCGGGAGCAGAUGCAAAAGUGAAUAAUAAUCAGUCGGAAACUCCUAAAUGUGCAAUGGAAAGUGGUGACAGGAACACCGGGAUCCAAAUCAAUGGAUUGGACUUUCAGAGGCCGACCGUGCCAACCACGAGUACAAUCACCAGUGCACACGCACAAGCCCUCCUCCAACAGCUGACUCUGACCCCAGCCCAGCAGCAACUGUUGCUCCACCAGGCCCAAGCUCAGCUCCUGGCUGCGGCUGUGCAGCAUUCAGCCAACCAGCAGAACGGCACCACUGGGGCUAGCAUCUCUGCCUCCGCAGCCACGCCCAUUACCCAGCUACCCUUGUCACAGCCUAUCCAGAUCUCUCCUCUACAGCAGCAGAAUUUAAGCCUGCCGCAGUUUGUGCUGGUGCAGCCCGGCCACCCGAUCGCCACACCGCUCCAACCCGCUCAGUUCAUCAUCUCGCAAUCACCGCAGGCCCAGCAGAGCAUAUUGCAAGCGCAGAGUCUUCUCACUCAACUACCUCAAAGCCAAGCUAAUCCCCUCCCAACGCAGCCGAGCAUCACCCUUGCAACACAGCAGCCUGUAACUCCUACCCGUACCACGGCAGCCACACCCAUGCAGUCAUUGCCUCACAGUCAGACACCGCCCAAACAGUUGGAUACGCCCACUCUGGAGGAGCCAAGCGACCUGGAGGAACUGGAGCAGUUUGCGAAAACUUUCAAACAGAGGCGGAUCAAACUGGGCUUUACGCAGGGGGAUGUUGGCCUGGCUAUGGGUAAGCUGUACGGAAACGACUUCAGCCAAACAACCAUCUCUCGCUUUGAGGCCUUGAACCUGAGCUUUAAGAACAUGUGCAAACUCAAACCAUUGCUAGAGAAGUGGCUUAAUGAUGCAGAGAACCUGACUUCAGACCAGGGACUGUCCAGCCCCAGUGCCCUCGGCUCUCCAGGCAUGGGCAUUGAGGGGAUCAACCGCAGGCGGAAGAAGAGGACGAGUAUUGAGACCAACAUCCGCGUGGCCUUAGAAAAGAGCUUUCUGGAGCAGAACCAAAAACCUACCUCUGAAGAGAUCACUAUGAUCGCUGACCAGCUCAAUAUGGAAAAGGAGGUGAUCCGGGUCUGGUUCUGCAAUCGUCGGCAGAAAGAGAAGAGGAUAAACCCCCCGAGCACAGGCAGCGUAGGCAGCACCCCCAUCAAAACUUUCUUUACACCCGGUAGCCCUUUGGUGGCCAGCACAGCAAGCCUGGUGAACAGUCCAACUAUAAACACGCCUACCACAUUGACUGUAAAUCCAGUGAUGCCUCUCACCAGCACCAGUGUUUCCAGUUUAUCCUUCACAGGCACAACAGUUGGCGCUACAAACACAGCAUCCGUCAUCUCCACCACACCUGUGAUCACCACGGUAACCAGCUCGCCAUCUCUAAGCCCGUCCCCAACGUCCGUUCAGUCCACCACCGCAGAGAAUAAAGUCAGCACUCAGGCGCAGACCAUCGUCACCCAGGCCCCGACGUCCAUAGGCACCACCGUCGGGACGGGCCAGGUCAUGGUGGCCGCUCCGAGUCUGUCCACGGCCUUUCAGGGGGCUGCUCAGUUGCCUACCAGUGCGAGCUUUGCGGCCAUGGCUGCCGCAGCGGGGUUGAAUCCAGGAUUAAUGGCCUCCUCUGCCUUUGCUUCAGGUGGGGCCCUGCUCAAUCUGACGCCCGGUGGUCUCAUGAACAACAGUACGCUAGCGACCAUCCAAGCCCUGGCAUCUAGCGGCACAAUCCCGAUAACGGCACUGGACGGCAGCAGCCUGCUGUUCGCCAACGCGCCCGGCGGCGGCGGGCCCAAUCUGGUGACCACGCCGCUCUUUCUCAACCCCCAGAACUUGUCACUGCUCACCAGCAACCCGGUCAGCCUGGUGUCGGCGGGGGCGGGCGGGCUGCACAUCACCACCGACGCCCACCACCAAGUCUCCACGGCCGCCGUGCCUGUCCAAGCCCCGACCAUUACCACUGCCUCCAAGGCGCAGUGAGUCUGGCUGCAUCCGCAAUGAAUGCUCUGUUUCUUGAGCUGCGCACUGUUCUCCUCACACACAGCGCAGGAAAUAGGCAAGGUCCUUUGAGUUUUUGCCUCCGCGCUCCACUAACAAACGCACAUCCACUCCAUUUUGACUAUUAUUUACUUCCUUUUGCUUUCACCAAAAAAAAAAAAAAAACAACCGCAGGGUUGUGCGUCACUUUUUUGGGGGGUUUUCCUUGCUUUCUCUUUAUAAUCCAAGGAUGUUAUUUCUCAAACAGUAGCCAAAUGGAGACUGUCGUUCUCUGAAACAGGAAGAAUACUUUUGGCCAUACCAUUAAGCUCAUCACAUUUUGUACAUACGUCCUUCCAUUUCAUAAAAAAAAAUCUCACUUCUCUGAACAACUUCAAAAGAAAAUUUGGGGGAUUUUACUAUAAACUUAAUACUAACCUCAUAUUACACAUCACUAACUGGGCUCACCUUUAGGUUUUUUUUUUUGGGGGGGGGUAAGCCUUGACAUGAAUCAUAUCAGUUUUAAGAGUUUUUCUAAAUAUAGUUUUUUUUUCUUUUUACAUUUUCCAAACUUUGCAAUUAUAAUAAGUUAAGACUUCAAUGUCUCUCUUUUUUAAAAAAAAAGUGGUUUUAAGGCUUUAAAAACAAGUAAUAACUCGCUGACGUAAAGGUUAUCAUUGCUUUAAGGAGCGCGGGGACCCGUUGAGUCUCUGCGAGUUUCUUUUUCUGGAAACUGUCUUUUUAAAACGGUGCGGGUUGUCGACGGUGAUGGAAAAUGACUGAAAAACUUUCAACAGCUUUAAACACGAGUGGAGUGCAACUGACUAAAUAAGGAGGGCAGAUGUUCCGCAUGCGUCGUGUAAAGCUCAGUGACGCUGGACUUAACUAACCAAAUGAUGCAGAAAGGCUCAGCGGUCUGGGCUAAAAAUCACCUGUCAGGGGGUGUGAAUGUCACACUAAAUGUAUGGUGAUUUUAGAUUUAAAAAAAAAAAAAUAAUAAUAAUAAUUUCCUAUCUUUUUCUAUGUAAUGGUAGUACCGUCGUAUCUACUUGUGCACAGUAUCUGUACCAAAAAAACUGGAUUGAGCUGUUGUGGGAGAAAUGACCUUUUCUUUUCCCCUUUUUGUCUGCAGUCGUUUAAGUGGCUGCGUACUUUUAAGAUAUACCAAAAAUAUUUGUUAAAAUAAUUGUAGUCGGUGUAGUCUAGUCGAUAUAUUUAUGAGCAGAAUCUCUCCUCAUUUUGUCAGCAGAAUAUAAAAAAUGCAAUAGUUUGAUCAUUUCCAAAGAUACUUUUUUUGUUUUGUUUUUUUUAAAUACGGGGGAAAGUCUUUCAUGGAUUAUAAUUGGCAGCACAAUUGACCAAUAAUGAGGGAGGGGCCUGUGUUAGAACACGACAAACUUGUUUCCUAUUUCGCUGGCCCUCUCCUCAACCCCCCCCCCCCCCAAGAGCCAUUUGACGGCUUCUAUUUUAACCAUUUUAGUCACAGCUUUGGGCGUCUGCGAAAGCUGGCAAAAACUCCCAUUUUGGGUCUGGAGGGCGGUUUGUACAAAUAUGUCAGCCAUAAAGCAACAGCUUGAAACCAAAGUUGUUUUUCCUCCGCAGCGGCCGUGCUUGCAUGAGCGCUGCAGUUACCAAUGGCGAAUGCUUUUCUUGAUCUGGUGUGGUUGAACGUCGAUGGAUGGAGUAUUAGCUUUAACGACUUUCUCCUUUGUUUUUUUUUGUUUUGUUUGUUUUUUUUUAAUUUAUAGCUUAAUUAGCAGAUCCUGUGAAGAGCAGGUUUUUUUUUUGCGCUGGAGUUUGGAAUGCUCCACUAUAUCGAUACUGGGGAUGGGCAUUGGGAUCAAUCGUGGCUUGAAAUAAUUGGAAUAGAAUACAGGGAGUCCUCGAGUUAAGACGUUUCAACUUUACAGCGCCCGUCCCCCAUCCGCCAUUUUGUCUGGCUAAUGCUUGUUCGUUUUUGUAUCUUCACAUUUUUCGCCAUCCUUUUUCGACAUUAUCGCCCCGAAGAAGAAAGCUGCGUCUUUUCGCAGUGCUUCUGCAGCCAAAAAAAAAAUCCAUUACCAUGGAAACGAACCUCAAGAUCAUAAAAAGAUUGGAGGAAGGAGAGACACCAACACCACCGAGACUUCAGUCGGUCGACCGUGGUGACAAUUAUUAAAAGCAAAGCUCGUAUUUUCGCGGAUAUGAAGGGUUCCCGGUCCUACGCCGGAUACAAUGAUCACAAAAUAAGGUUCUUUGAUACUCGAGAUGGAGAGGAUUGAGGACCAGGUUCCUUUGUGAUAUCUAAGCACAGCCUCCCCUUCUUCUCCAUCCAUCUCUCAGCAGUAAUGCAAAGUACAUUACCUUGUUUAUUAUUUGUUGGUAUUUUGAUGUAAAUUCUGACUUUAGUGGUAGAAUCCGACUUAAGUCGAAAUUCGAGUUAAGUCGGUACUGUAGGAAGAGAUUUCAGUCGUAGACCGAGGACUCCCUGUACACUACUGGUUGAUUGAUCUGACAUAGGCGUGGUGUACACAGAUUUUUAAAAUCUUUAAAGAUUAUCAGUUACAAAUAGAAUUGGGAUCAGGCAAUCGUGGCAUAAUUGGUUCAUCAAACAAUCUGAUUUGUUAAUUGAUUGAUUGAUAACGUGGUUUAAAGUAAGAGGUACCUAUGUGGACGUCCGCAAGGCUCUCAUCGAGGCCCACUCUUGUCAUAGUCACAUUGAAACGAUUUGAUGAAGAGAAGAAAAAAUCAAAUUUAGUCAAAUGCCCAUCUGUAGUAAACACUGUAGAUCCAAUCGUUGCUACCAUUUGAAUCAGCACGUUGGCAUCACUGUGGCCCGACGCGUUCCCCAUGACCGGCUCGUCCUACGUUAGUCACUGCAGCUUUUGGGCCGAGUACUGUAAUGUGCCGCACAUUCAGAUAAACCCCUCACAAAUAGCAUCACUGUUCUGCUGCUUCUGACUAACAAAAAAGCAGUGACAAGGAAGUCAGAUUGUAGGCAGAAAGAUAUUCCUUUUGUACUUUUCUGUCAUUGACUAAUUUUGACUGAAUAUACCUCAGCAGCACUUAAACAUAAGGUUCACCUUUUUAAAUAUUUCUGUGUAUAGAACAGUGUGGAAUGUAUAAUUAAGGACUGGCUCGCCAUUCACACUAUACUGCUAAAUAGGAACCGUACUUUAUAGGACAACUACUGCUUUUUCCUCGUACUACUAUUUAAUUUUUUUCCUCUUUUGACGGUUUGAUGGUGAUUGCCACUUGACCAAGCGCUCAUUCUUGCCAAAGUAAUAGCCUUUCUCUUUACAGCUCAGCUGGCGUACGGCUACUCGCGUCGUUGAGUCCGCCGCGCACUGAUAGAAGCCGCCAGUUCUAUUCCGCUGCCGUUCGUACUCGCGCAACAGCCGAGCGCGUUUGCGACGCGAGCCGGGCGCCGUCAGCGCCGCAGGAUGUUACUGAUAUAUUUAUCUGAGGAAAGACCUAAUAAUCAGAGAAAUGUUUUCUUAAUUCUAUACAUAUAAAUAUAUAUAUAUAUAUAAACGUCUAAGAUGUUCCUAUUUUAUAUUUGAAGCAUUAUGUUACUAAGACUGAAUGUAGUGUUUAUGACCCAGAAGAAAUUCCCUCAAAACUUCCUUCUAAAAAAAAAAAAAAAAGAAAAAAAAAGACCAAAAUAUAAAAAAAAAAAACGCUGCGAUUGUUGUGUCGGUGAAUGACAUGCGCCGCUCUGACACAAAGAUCCUGUAGUUAGAGCGAAUCCUUUUUUUUUUUUUUUCUAAUAUAUUGUUUUAAUUUAAGUCAUUUUGGACUUCAUUUGCUGUGCUGUCUUUAACAAUCAUUUGUUGUUUUUUUUUUUUUUUUUUUUUUUUCAUUUUUAUUACUUUAUGCCUUUAACUGAUUUGUAUAAAUAUGAGAGGGCACGAUCACUGGCUUUCUUGGUUUUGACAAAGACGAUAAAUGUUAUCAUUUAUGCCUUAUUGUUACGUAGAUGACAUGAUUGCAUUGUAGCACGUGUGAAUGUGUCUGUUUUUUAGCUUAGUGUCGCCAAGUGCAUUGUCCCAGACGUAAUCCAGUUUGCUUCGGGCAUUUUGAGUGUGAGACGCUCACAUUUGCUACCGAUUUUUUUUUU